AUGUUAGAUGUUACGACUGAAGUUGUCUACCUGCCGUUGAAAACAGGACUCGAUCUGUCGGCGGGCAAAGCGAAAGAGCAAUGGGAAGAUAUCCUUAGUACUAUUAAGAGACAGCCUGGCGCGAUAAGGAUACUUUGGGGAAAGCAGAUUGAACAUCCGGAUACAGUUCAGUUAGUGAUUGACUGGGCAUCACUGGACUUCCACAAAGCAUUCAUGGACAGCCCAAUCUACCUGCCUUUCCUGAAAAAAAUGGAUGAACACCUUCUAGCCGGGACACCGGUCCUAUAUCAUGCCAAAUUCCCCUUCGCGCAAAGCUCAUACGGUGAUCCGUUUACUUCUCCUGUAACCGAAUGUGUGGCCGGCUUCUUUCCCGCAGACUAUCCCGAUUCGCAAUAUGAAACCCGAUUUGCUGCUUUCCGGGAGCAGGCCAUAAAGGUCAAGGAUCUUGCUGCGGAUAGCGUGAUCGGUGGAUGGAGUAUUGAAAGGCAGCUGCAUGAGGCAUUGGGGGAGGGAGUAGAAGGAAAGUUGUUUAUGAUUUUCAUCGGAUGGCCAAAUGUAGAAGCGCACAUGGCGUUUCGGGAGUCAGCCGAUUUUGCAAGAAUAAUUCCGCAUUUGAGAGAUGGACCGGUGGGAAGGAAUAUGUGGCAUGUGCCGUUGAAGGAGUAUAAGUGA